AUGGCAAAGUCUUCUAAUUAUUCUGAUCAACAAGCCCUGAUUGGUUUCAAGGCUUCUCUCCUUUUGGAUCCAUAUAAUUCCUUGUACGAUUGGUCUCCCAAUCACACCUUCUGUAAUUGGAUUGGUGUUGCAUGUUCUUCUCGUCGACAGCGUGUGGUGUCCUUGAAUCUCACAGGUAAGGGAUUACUUGGCCCUAUCUCUCCCUUACUGGGAAAUCUUUCCUUCCUUAGAGUGCUUGAUCUCUCUAAUAACAGCCUGCAGGACCAUAUUCCACAUCAGAUCGGAAAACUUUUUCGUUUGAGAAGGCUUCUUCUAUCUCGCAAUAGAUUGGAGUCCUCUAUCCCGUCUUCUCUGGCAGGCUGUCGGUCUUUGCAAGAUAUCAGUUUCUCUUAUAAUAAUCUGAGCGGCCCCAUUCCUUUCGAGCUUGGUCUUCUUCAACGCUUAGAAACCCUUUGGGUAGGAAAUAACAACCUUACAGGCACACUCCCAUUAUCCCUAGGUAACCUCUCCUCAAUAAAUGAGUUGAUAUUGAGCUACAAUAGUCUCUAUGGUGGUAUUCCCGGGGAAUUGGGUAUGCUCAGUAAACUCAGAUGGCUUGAUCUGGACUUCAAUUACUUGACAGGACCAAUUCCCACGGCCCUUUUGAAUUGCACUCUUCUAAAAACAUUAAGAGUGGGUCAUAACCUCUUAACUGGCCACAUUUCCUGGGAGUUUGGCAAACUAUCAGAGUUGCAACAAUUGCACCUAUUUACAAAUCAAUUCACGGGAGAAAUUCCUAGUUCUCUUUCUAAUUGUUCUCUUCUUCAAAAGCUUCAACUUGCGUUCAACAAUCUGACCGGUACGGUGCCCUUGGAGUUUGGCAGAUUGCUCCAGCUUGAAUGGCUUAAUUUAUGGAGCAAUCAACUUGUGAGUGGAAGCAGCGGUUUGUUAUUUCUAACAGCCUUGAGUAAUUGCUCCAACUUAUAUCAUAUAGAUUUGUCUGAAAAUCAUUUCACUGGCAUUUUAACUUCUUCAGUUGGCCUCCUCCCAAGUGGUCUCUCAUAUUUCCUUUUGCCCUACAAUGAAAUCGCGGGAAGCAUACCAGAUGAGAUUGGUAACCUGACAAGCAUAACAGCGCUAGAUUUACGUGCAAACCUUUUCAGUGGCACCAUCCCAUCUUCAUUGAGUGCACUUCCCAUUCUUGAAAGAUUGUGUUUAGACAACAAUAAUUUACAUGGAGUAAUUCCAGAAAGUUUUGGUCAAGCAAAAAGGCUGGGGCUGUUGUCAAUAUGUUGUAACACGUUAUCAGGGAAAAUUCCAGAUACUCUUGGCAGCCUUCCCCAACUAAGACAGAUUUAUCUUCAUGACAACCAAUUGUCAGGAGAAAUACCUGCCAGUCUUCCAAGAUGCCAAAAUCUGGAGCUGCUGGAUUUGUCUUACAAUAAAUUUACAGGCAAGAUACCGCCAGAAGUUGCUGGUCUCCAAAAUCUCAUUUUCUAUUUCAACGUGUCUAGCAAUUUAUUAGAGGGUUCUUUGUUGGAAAUGAGUAAAAUGGAAAUGGUCCUUGCUAUAGAUGUAUCUUCUAAUCAUUUCUCAGGUGUCAUUCCAAUCGCACUGAAAAACUGCAAAGCACUGGAAUACCUUAAUCUGUCUUGGAAUACAUUCACAGGCCCAAUUCCGACAUCACUAGCAGAAAUGAAAAAUCUUCAGGACAUGGAUUUUUCCAGCAACAAUUUGACAGGAAGAAUACCAGUGGCUUUCAAAGACAUGAAAAUGCUCCGGCAUCUCAAUCUCUCUUCAAACAGUUUGACUGGAGAGGUCCCAAAGGGAGGAAUUUUUGCAGUAAUGGAUGUUUCAGCAGUUAUGGGAAAUCUUGGCCUUUGUGGAACAUGGAUACACUUGCUGCCAUGCUCUCAUUCCAAACACAAACAGUCAUCCGUCUCCAUAAGGGUAAUAAUUCCUAUUGUAGUGGGCAUUGCAAUUUUGAUCAUGUCUCUUCUAUUGGUAGCAUUUUCGUAUAAAUGCAGACGUUCCAGUACCCCUGCUCUCAAAAUAUGGCCUCAAAAAAUUUCAUAUGAAGAACUUGUAGAUGCAACUGAUGGAUUUAGUGAGACAAACAUGUUGGGAAUUGGUUGUUUUGGAUCAGUUUAUAAAGGGAUUCUAAGCAGUGGAAGAAAUGUUGCUGUUAAAGUUCUGAAUUUGCAAGAUCAAAAUGUUCACCAGAGUUUUAUCAAAGAAUGUAAUGUAUUAAAAAGAGCUAGGCACCGCAAUGUGAUUAAAAUUAUUUCAGCUUGUUCUAAUCUUGAUUUUAAAGCUUUGGUUCUUCCAUUUAUGUCAAAUGGAAGUUUGGAGAGAUGGCUAUAUCUUCAAGAAGGAGCUCAAUGCAAUUUAGAUUUGAAUGAUCGAUUAAAGAUAGCAUUGGAGAUAGCACAAGGACUAGUAUAUCUACAUCAUCAUUGUUUCGUACAAGUGAUCCAUUGUGACCUAAAACCUAGUAAUGUGCUAUUAGGGGAUGACAUGUCUCCAAAGAUUGCAGAUUUUGGCAUCGCCAAACUAAUCGUUGGGAAUUCCACGGAUUCAUUGACUUCUACAGGUGUACUCAGAGGAUCUAUUGGCUACAUUGCUCCAGAGUAUGGAUUGGGUUGUAAUAUUUCUACAAAAGGAGAUGUGUACAGCUAUGGAAUUUUAUUGUUGGAAUUGUUAACAAGGAGAAGACCAACAGAUGAAAUGUUUGUAAGAGUGAAUCUGCAAGAAUGGGUAGCUGCAAAUUUUCCAAAUAAAGUUUUAGAUGUAGUGGAUAUUAAAUUCCUUGGAGAUACUGAUGAAUUAGAAUCAUCACUACUUUUGUCAUGCCUCACUCAAAUUUUGGAAGUGGGUUUGGUUUGCACGAGGGAAUUGCCUCAACAUCGACCAAAUAUGAUAGAGAUAGUCGAGAGAUUAGAUAAGAUUAGAGGCAUGUUUCUUGGUAUUCAUAGAGAUUUUCAAUUGCCAAUAGAUAUCUCUUCCUUGAUUGAAAGUAAUAGAAACCAAAGAAAUACCAAUUUUGAUAUUGAUGGAAGUUAUGCUUCUACAUCAUAA